AUGACCCAAAUAAUCGAAAAUCUGUUAUCUGUUGAGGAAGCCAACUCAGCAUUGAAUGCUUUAAGACCGAAAGGUGGUGAAAUUCAGUAUGGACAAUAUUACGCUUUAACGAAUGAUCAUUCACUUGUUCGUCUUCCGCGAUUGAUGGCAUUUCAAGCAAGUGUUAACUCGUCUGGCGAUCUUCCCUGGUACAGAUGUACGAUGUCAUCUGUUCCUCAAAACAAAAUCGUUUACAUACCAUGGACAUCAACUGUUCAAAAACUUAAAAAAUUGGUAGAAGAAAUUGCGGGUGAAACUUGGAAUUUGGCUCACAUUAUUUAUUACAAAGAUGGAGAGGAAAGUAUGGGAAUGCAUAGUGAUACUAUGCUGGAUUUAGCACUUGGUUCUAAAAUCGCAGUUGUGAGUCUUGGAAGUAACAGACAAUUAGACUUGAUAAAAAAACAGACAAGUACAUCAAAUGGACCAUCACAAAUAAAAUUAGAUCUUCCUGGAAAUUCUCUCUUCUUAUUGGAUGAAGAAACCAACAAACAUUAUGUACAUGGCAUAAAAAAGCAAAAAAAGAACCAAGUCGAAGAUAGAGUUGCAAUUGUAUUCCGACACGUGGUAACGUAUAAGGCUGAAAAUGGCAAACUGUAUGGCAAUGGAUCAGCAUAUUUAACCAAACAAGAUAUGAUUCAACGAUACACAAAACUGAAGAUGUUUAAAUGUGGAUUUUCGUCAGUUGUACUACUCGCUCAUUAA